AUGGAUAUUAGCGGUGCAAAAGCAAGUAAUAACAUCAAGCAUAAUUGCAUGUUAUUCACGGCUGCUUGCUACGAACACCCACCUAGCAAACAUGGUAUAAUCCAAAUCAAGGUAUCUCAAUGGACACUUGAAAUCUCGUUGAAGUUGAGGCAAAAAAGAUCAACGAUGAAGAGACACGCUUCAGUUUAUACUGAUACAAAUACAGUUGAUGACUACAUAUUGAAAACCGUAAUCUUCUUGUUAUAUUUCAAAACAUCGAACUCAAUUGUAGCGAAGAUCUCGGUAAAAGUCUCCAAUGAGUCUUGUAGUAGUAACACCAACGAAGAAGAAUUAUCUGUAGCUAUAAAGAGACUCGAACUGGAUCAAGCAGCAUUAGUUCUAGAGAAAUAUUAA